CCAUUGUCGAAUCUUUCAAUCCUCACCUACCCCAAUCUACCAACUUGCUCAAGGAAGCCCCUCCGUAAUUUGCACACAAUCUUUGUUUGCUCUCCAAAAUACCGUUUGCAACACUUCACCCGAUCAUCUUUUUUUUUUGACACUUGACAUGUUCACCUCCUUUUGAGCGACUCAAAAAUACCUGUUGCCUGCCAUGUCCUUGCGACGCUCACUCCGUGCUCGUGCCGGCCGCGAUGAUCCUCCAGCCAAAGUAUCUAACACUAGUACUAGGUUAACUCGACAAACCCGCUCUGUUCUAUCGCCGCCAUCAGUGAUAGUGGUUCGGACCCGAUCAGAGUCUCCUGAGAGUGAUAGAAAAUCUAUUCAUAUUACGGUCAAAAUGCCGCCAAGCAAGCUCCGCGAAGCAACUGGCGGUAGCUCGCGAAGUGCUGCGUCGAGGCGCUCACAUAAUGUGUUUACCGAUAACCCUAUUUUGAGCGGGCCCCGCACCAGCAGAUCAAAGAGAAGGGUAGUCGAGGUGGAAACUAGCGAAGAAGAAGAAGAAGACCUGGAAGACCAGGAAGAAGAUGAGGUUGAUGAUGAAGAUGCACCUGGAGAGGAUGAUGAGGAUGAGGAGGAUGAGGAGGAUGAGGACGCCGAUGGCGAUGUGGACAUGGAUGACGCCCCGCCCCAGCCUCCAGUCUCGAGAAGGAACGCAAAGGCCACCGCAGCCUCUGCAUCUAGCCGGAAACCGGCCAAGAGCGUGGAGGCGAAAGAAAUGGAGCUGGACGAGGAAGAGGAAGAGGACGAAGAGGACGAAGAAGAAGAGGCAGAUCUGUCUGAACCGGAUUCGGAUGCGGAUGGCGAGCCAGACGACCAAGAUGAGGGUGUGACGAUCACAUUAAAUGAUGGUGAAGAGCCAGACGAGGAUGAAGAGGAUGACGAAGAUCUCGAUAGCGAGGAUGGAAUACCCGGUGACACCAGCAAAAUGACCAAGCGACAGAGGGGAAACUUGGGCAACGACUUCUUGCAACUGCCAAUGGAACCGCAAAUAAAGAAGCACCUGACAGCGGAAGAGCGUGCGAUGCGCCGUGCUGAAAUGGCCCGACGCCGAAAGAAUCUUAGCGAGAAGCGGAACGAAGAAGAAAAGAUGGACACAAUCAACAGGCUUCUACGGAAACAGGCGCCAAAGCGUCGUGGACGAAUUCCCGCUGCUGAAGCCGCCGAAAAUGCUGCUGCGGACCAGGAAACAGCAGCACCGGAAUACGAACCCGUGGACCCGACCAUGGUCAGAUGGGUCAGUGGCCGUGGAGGGAGCAAUGUUGCCGUGCCAGAAGAAUGGAUCGGAUCUCCUGCGGGACGUAUAUUCGGAGGGACUCCAAGGAAACUUGUUGAGGAAAUAUAAACCCACCAGAUGCCGGCUCUUCGCCUGGGGAAAGGAUACAGUGUGAGCAUGGACUACGUGGGCGCGAUCUGGAUUCGGGCGUAUUGGUAUUGGUAUGCGGCAAUAGCAGGC